AUGAGUGAAGAAGAUGGUGAAGGUCUGGAAGGAGAGGCCUCGGUGCAGAAAUCGACGGGAUUCUCAUUGUCAACACUUAAGGACCCUUUUGUGCAUGAACUCAUAGCCGAGAAUGAGGCUAUGCUUGCUGAAAUUACUUUCCUCCGAGAAAAGCGUCAUGGUGCCGAACGCUUGCAGAAGCAGUGCGUACAGGCGGCGGAGGAGGCCGUGCGUCAACAGUUGGUAGCGGAAGAAGCAAAUGAACGAGAACGAAGGCAAGGCAACUUCUUCAAGGUCGCGUUACGGGGACUCCACGAUGAUGUCGCUGCGCUUCGGGAGGAAAAUACUGCUCUGCAGAACAUUAUGUUAACCGUGCAGGCGGAGCUUGGGGCAAGUGAGGAAACACGAAUAAGUACUGUUUUGCUUUCCCCGCGGAUGACAGCUACUGGGAAGGAAGUGACUUCGAUGCGUUCAAGUGUAGUUCCCGAUGUUGAGAGUAAGUUGUUGGCCCGCUACAGCACUUUUUUGGGUAACAGGAGUAGUGGUGAGCGCCCCACCUCACCAACUCGCACCGCUAAUCCCCAGGGACGCAAGCGACCCCGGCCAAGUGGUGGAGACUGGAUGUUUACUCCCUUGGAUGGCAGUGGCGCGGAUCGUGGGCAAAAUGGCGAAGCGCACUCUACAUAG